UGGGCUCGGAGCGCGCGGGGCCACGGCAGCCCGGGGAGCCGAGCCGGGGCCGCGCGGGGACCGCGAGGAGCGCACGAGCCUUCCAGGCGGUGAACAGGGAGGGAGCCGCCGCCGUCGCCGCCCGCUCCCGCCCGGAGGGAGCCCCAGCCCGCCGCGGGCCAUGAGCCGCCGGGCCCCAGGACCCCGACCGCGGUCCGGGCAGCGCUCCGCCGGCGCCCCGGCCCGCCCGACCACCGCCGCGCGCCUGUAGCCGCCGGGGGCUGCGAUGGGACGAGAGCCAUGAAUGGUGCCGCCCCCGGCCCAGCCGCCGCCGCCGCCCGGGUCCCCGACUGGCGGCAGUUCUGCGAGCUGCACGCCCAGGCGGCCGCCGUGGACUUCGCGCACAAGUUCUGCCGCUUCCUGCGGGAGAACCCGGCCUACGACACGCCCGACGCCGGGGCCUCCUUCUCCCGCCACUUCGCAGCCAGCUUCCUGGACAUCUUCGGCGAGGAGGUGCGCCGCGUGCUGGUGGCCGAGCGCCCCGACGCCAUGGAGCCGGAGGCCGCGGCGCCCGCAGCCCUCAAGCCGGCGGCCUACGGCCACUCGCGGAGCUCGGAGGACGUGUCGGCGCAGGCGGCGGCCAAGGCCCGCGUCCGCAAGGGCUUCUCGCUGCGCAACAUGAGCCUGUGCGUGGUGGACGGCGUGCGCGACAUGUGGCACCGGCGCGCCUCGCCUGAGCCCGACGCCGCCCCGCGGGCCGCCGAGCCCCUGGCGGAGCCGCGCGACAAGUGGAUGCGGCGCCUGCGGCUGUCGCGGACGCUGGCGGCCAAGGUGGAGCUGGUGGACAUCCAGCGGGAGGGCGCGCUGCGCUUCAUGGUGGCCGACGACGCGGCCGCGGGCCCGGGCGGCGCGGCCCAGUGGCAGAAGUGCCGCCUGCUGCUGCGCAGGGCCGUGGCCGCCGAGCGCUUCCGCCUGGAGUUCUUCGUGCCGCCCAAGGCCUCCAGGCCCAAGGUCAGCAUCCCCCUUUCGGCCAUCAUCGAGGUCCGCACCACCAUGCCCCUGGAGAUGCCCGAGAAGGACAACACAUUUGUGCUCAAGGUGGAGAAUGGAGCUGAGUACAUCCUGGAAACCAUCGACUCGCUACAGAAGCACUCGUGGGUGGCCGACAUCCAGGGCUGUGUGGACCCUGGGGACAGCGAGGAAGAUGCCGAGCUCUCCUGCCCCCGGGGGGGCUGCCUGGCCAGCCAUGUGGCCUCCUGCAGCUGUGAGCUCCUGACGGACGCAGACCUGGCCCAGCCCCCAGAGGCAGCAGCAGCAGUGGGUGCCGUGGUGACGGCUCCACACAGCCGGGCUCGAGAGGCCGUUGGCGAGUCCCUGGUCCACGUCCCGCUAGAGACCUUCCUGCAGACCCUGGACUCCCCGGGCGGCAGCGGCGGGGACAGCAAUGACACAGCGGAGGAGGGAGCAGACACUGAGCCGGAUCCCGAGCCUGAGUCUGAGCUGGAGCUCUCCGACUACCCCUGGUUCCACGGGACACUGUCACGGGUCAAGGCAGCUCAGCUGGUGCUGGCAGGUGGGCCCCGGAACCAUGGCCUCUUUGUGAUCCGCCAGAGCGAGACUCGGCCUGGGGAGUACGUGCUGACCUUCAACUUCCAGGGCAAGGCCAAGCACUUGCGCCUGUCCCUGAAUGGCCACGGCCAGUGCCACGUACAGCACCUGUGGUUCCAGUCUGUGCUUGACAUGCUGCGCCACUUCCACACGCACCCCAUCCCGCUGGAGUCAGGGGGCUCUGCCGACAUCACCCUGCGCAGCUACGUGCAAGCCCAAGGCCCCCCCUCUGAGCCGGGGCCUUCGGCCAGCUCCGCGUCCGCGCCGCCCGCCUGCUGGAGCGAGCCCGCCGGCCAGCACUACUUCUCCAGCCUCGCCCCGGGCGCCCCGGCGCCGGCCUCGCCCUCGCCCGCGGAGGCGCCCGCCGCCCCGGCCCCGGCCCCAGCCCCAGCCCCAGGCCCCGCCGAGGCCCCGGCCAGCGCGCGCAGCCGCAGCGACAGCGCCGAGCGCCUGCUGGAGCCCGCGGGCCCCGCCGAGGCCCCCGAGACGGCUGAGGGCGCGCGCGGGCGCCCGCGGGCCGUGGAGAACCAGUACUCCUUCUACUAGGCCGCCCGCCCGCCGCGGGGAAGCCACGCUCUUCAGUGAAGACAUAAAUGUUAUUAAAGAGCCUGUUUUAGGGACUGCACCCCGCUCGCCUG